AUUCAACUGGUGCAGCACUUACCAAAGUAUGGCGUUGGCGCACCAGAGAAACUGCCCGCUCUACUGGGAAGGGGGGCGUCGCCUGCUGGGAGAACCCUCGUUAAUUGCUUCUUUCCUUCCGACCUUAGAUUUAAAAGCUCUGUCGACGCUUCGCCCCUCCGCAACCCUAAGAACUUCAGCCAAAGCCGGAAUGGAAUCUUCCCCGCCCGCAGACACUUUGAACGGAGGAAAGCUUCCCCACGAAGCUUUUUCUCUUUAAGCUGGGUUUUGCUUUGUUUUUCAUUCUCUUCUCCCCAGGCCUGUUCUCCAAAAGGGGCAUGUAAAUUCAGGAUUCUUCUUUGGUUCCCAGCUGAACAAGCAGGAUGCCAGAGCAAAGUAAUGAUUACAGAGUGGUUGUGUUUGGAGCUGCUGGCGUUGGUAAGAGUUCUUUGGUACUUCGUUUCAUAAGGGGGACCUUCCGGGAGACAUACAUCCCCACUAUUGAAGAUACUUAUCGCCAGGUGAUCAGCUGUGACAAGAACAUCUGUACUCUUCAGAUCACAGACACCACUGGAAGCCACCAGUUCCCUGCAAUGCAGAGACUCUCCAUCUCUAAAGGCCAUGCAUUUAUGUUGGUGUAUUCUGUUACCAGCAGGCAGUCAGUAGAAGAGCUUCAACCAAUCUAUGAACAGAUUUGUCAGAUCAAAGGAGACAUUCAGAAAGUCCCAAUUAUGCUGGUAGGAAACAAGAGUGAUGAUACCCAGAGAGAAGUGGGCACCAGUGAAGGAGAAGUCCUUGCCACUAAAUGGAAAUGCUCCUUCAUGGAGACAUCAGCGAAAACGAACUACCAUGUGCAGGAGCUUUUCGAAGAGCUCCUUAAUUUGGAAAAGAGAAGAAAUGUGAGUCUGCAGGUGGAUGGCAAGAAAUCAAAGCAGCGAAAGAAGGAUAAACUGAGAAGCAAGUGUUCUGUGAUGUGAGAUACAAUAUGUGGCACCCCCUUUGUGGUUAAAAUAAGAGCACAGUCUUGAUCUUGUAGAACCUACUCAUCUAUUCAGAGAAAGUUCUGAAUAUAGAGAUUUUCAGAGCCUAAGGGUGCCUUUUAAUGAGUUAGUAUUAAAUGUGGAUUGGGUCAUUUGAAUAUUUACUUAAUGGCAGUUGGAUUUUGCAUGUUUCAUUUUGCACAAGCAUCAUCUGUGCCCCCUGCAAAGCAGUGUUAGCAC